GUGAUUUUUUUGUUCAUGCUCAUUCUGUCAUGUUGAGAUUUGUCAUAUGUCAGAUAUGUAAUCUUGACUAUUCACAGACUAAAAAUUAGCACCCACUCUAGUGAUUCCUAAUAUUUUUUUCAAUAAAUCUCCCCGAAACAAUCACAUACACGACCUUAGUUACUCAAUAGGUUACGGGGGACUACAUGGGGUAUCACUUGAUUACACGACAGAGGCUGUAACACGAAUAAUAUAUAUAUAGGCCUAAACAUUAUAAAGUCUAGGCCAUUCUCUUCCCAACAUAAGUGGUUUCAGCAGUAGGCCUAGGCUACAUUUAGUCAAAAUACUGGCAAAACUGUUCAACUUUUUCAACAUAAACAUCGAAUGCAUUCCUCCUAAACUGGCUCUUUGAUAAACCAGGAUAAUUUCCUCACGAGUAGGCCCACACACUGGAAUCCUUAAAAGCUCAUAUAAAUUCCAUUAAAUAUUUGUUUCCAAAAGGUAACAACAGUAGACUAAUCCGUGGAAAUAGAUCAGUUAACUGUAUCAAACUCUUAACGUGAAGUAUUAACUGUUACGUGCUCAAAACUCGAGAGAUCAGUCAAUGUGUUCUGAUUUCAUAUUAAUUUAGUCGGCUCUAACCAUUGCUUAGCGGGAGCAGAGAGCUCUUCUCAACUAUAGGCCCAGGGCGCCCUUUUGAUCAUUUCAAUCUCUCCUUGGUGCAGAAGUUCUGAUUGGCUGAGGGAGUAAGAAGGGGAAAAUCUUUAAUUAAGCAGAUAAUCUCUUGUUGGGAUGAGAGUGGCUCCAUUUCAGAGCCCCCUCGAAUCCCACAUGAGAACCUUGGCAGCCUGAGUUGAGUCCUGUAUGUAGGUAGCUCUGUAUCCUCUCCACCGUCGCACUGUCUGUCGGCUUUUCAAAGUUAGAGAACUACUGCCAGUCACCUGUCAGGAUGUUCAUGCAUUUGGAGGCCUUCUAUUACAUUUUAAUUUUGAUGGCUCACAUGAGAUCCUGCUGCAGUUGGUCAGUGAAUAAUUUUUUGAUGACUGGACCCAAGGCCUAUCUAAUCUACUCCAGCAGUGUUGCGGCAGGGGCCCAGAGUGGCAUUGAGGAGUGCAAGUACCAGUUUGCCUGGGAUCGCUGGAACUGCCCAGAGAGGGCAUUGCAGCUAUCUACCCACAGCAGUCUGCGCAGCGCAAACCGUGAGACAGCUUUUGUCCAUGCUAUUAGUUCAGCUGGAGUCAUGUAUACCCUCACCAGGAACUGUAGCCUUGGGGACUUUGACAAUUGUGGCUGUGACGAUACCAGAAAUGGACAGCGAGGGGGCCACGGCUGGCUAUGGGGAGGCUGCAGUGAUAACUUGGGCUUCGGUGAGGCAAUCUCCAAACAGUUUGUUGACGCACUAGAGACUGGACAGGAUGCACGGGCAGCCAUGAACUUGCACAACAACGAGGCUGGGCGCAAGGCUGUGAAAGGGACUAUGCAGCGUACGUGUAAAUGCCACGGUGUCUCAGGGAGCUGCACCACUCAGACCUGCUGGCUGCAGCUGCCAGAGUUCAGGGAGGUGGGCAACUACCUGAAGGAGAAGUACCACCGGGCCUUCAAGGUGGACCUCCUCAGGGGGGCCGGGAACAGCGCAGCCAGCUGGGGGGCCAUUGCUGAGACCUUCAGCUCCAUUUCCCGCAAGGAGCUGGUCCACCUGGAGGACUCCCCUGACUACUGCCUGGAGAACCGUACCCUGGGCCUGCCCGGCACAGAGGGGCGUGAGUGUCUGAAGAAGGGCAAGAGCCUGAGCAAGUGGGAGAAGCGCAGCUGCAAGAGGCUGUGUGGGGAGUGUGGGCUGGCCGUAGAGGAGCGCAAAGCAGAGAUGGUUUCGAGCUGUAACUGUAAGUUCCACUGGUGUUGCGCGGUGAAGUGUGAGCAGUGCCGGAAGACAGUGACCAAGUAUUUCUGCGUGAAGAAGGGGGGCCAAAGGGGCAAGAAUGAGAGCGCCGGCAGUCGCAGGAAGAACCUUCGGCUGAGAAAGAAGCACUGAGCACUGCGGUGCUGUGUUAUCACUGCCACAUUAGCAGUCAAUGUGCUCAGAAACAAACAUUUGAAAGUCUAAAUUGGACAAGGUCAGUGUUCUUAUAAAAGGUCACAGAGAUGGAGAAAAGUGUUUCAGUGUGUCUGCAAGUCUACAUAAUAGAUAAAAGGAUGGGAUGCUUUUAGAAUUUAGAAUCUACGGUAUAAAUAUAUUUAAACGUAUAUUUUUGUACAUUUCCUCAAUUUAUAUUUUCAGAGGUUUUUUGGUUUUAUUUAUUCUCAUUAUUUCCACUGAUAAACUUACCACUGAUGAUCUAUUCCUGAGACAUGAUAUGACAAAUUAAUUCAGCCUUUCCAUAGACAGGGAUAGAUAAACAUUUCUAGGUUUUUUCGCUGACAUCACCUGGCAGUGAGGGAUCACGGAUGCUUAUUCAAGCAUGUAUUGAGGCUUGCAUUCCACUCUACCAUACCUUCCCCACUUCUUCCCAGAGGAUGUAUUUAAUUGUAAAUAAAUGAAGCACUUUGUUCUGUACAUUUUUAAUUUAUUGCACAAGUUUUCCUAGUUUUUCUUUUUUCUUAGCUACGUUUAUGACUGUUUUAUAAAAAUGUUUGUAAUUAAAG